UGCAAACACUGCCCAGGGACAGGAGAGAAAGAGGGGGAGAAAGACAGAGAAGGAGAUAGAGAGGGCACCAUACAGCCACAUACACUGCACAUGAAGACAUUGAGACAAAUGCUAGGAAUCCAGAAACCACGCCAACAAGCCAGGUUUACAAAGACAAGGAUGGCCACAGCGAUUUCUGCCCGUAUCUAGUGAAGCCCACCUAACCUCUGAAGCCCACCUAAACACUACUCUACAGACCAGAGUCGACACAUUUUCCACCUACUCAGCGUGUCCAGCUAAACUCACUCCCCUAGACCUGCUGCGUGGGAGACAGACUGGGAGAAGGAGGAGAGAGGGGAAGAGGAAGACCAGCGGCAGGUCAGGAAAGAGACUCGAGCGGCGCCUCCGAGGAGCCAUGAGGACGGCCAGGCGGGCCAGCACCGUGGAGGUGCCCUCGUUCCUCCGCCAGCUAGCCAAGGAGACAGAGAAGAUGGUCACCUUCUUCUUUAAGGGAGGGCAGAGAGAUGGCCAGGAGGGCAGCGAAGAGGACUUCAGUGAUGAGGAUAACGGGCCAAGCGUCUACCUGGACCGGCCCAUCCUAGAGAAACACGCAACCGAGGGGGGGUCUCAGUGGGGGUUGAGCUAUGCAACGGCCAGCAUGCAGGGCUGGAGGGCGCAGAUGGAGGACGCCCACGCCUGCAUGCCGGAGAUAGGAGGGGAGCUGGCGGAGUGGGGCUACUAUGCAGUGUUUGAUGGACACGCUGGCAACACGGUGGCACAGUACUGCUCCCGCAACCUGCUGCAACACAUCCUCGCUACAGGGCGCGUAAAGGCAGAGGAGGACCCUGAGGACGUGAAGGAGGGGAUCGUCGAGGGCUUCCUGGCCAUUGACAGCCACAUGCACACGCUGACGCGCGAGGAAUGCUGGGAGCGCAGCGGCUCCACGGCGGCCGCCGUCAUGCUCUCGCCGCAGUACGUCUACUUCGUCAACUGUGGCGACUCGCGGACGCUCCUCUGCCGUGACGGCCACGUCAUCUUCUACACGGAGGACCACAAGCCCGUCAACCCCAGGGAGAAGGAGCGAAUACAGAACGCAGGCGGCUCGGUGACCCAGCAUAGGGUGAACGGCUCCCUGGCCAUGUCCAGGUCCCUGGGAGACUUUGACUUUAAGGAGGUGGGGUGGAGGUCCCAGACUGAGCAGCUGGUUUCCCCAGAGCCAGAGGUGUAUGAGCUGGAGAGGUCCCCGCAAGACGAGUUCCUCAUAGUGGCUUGUGACGGCGUGUGGGAUGCCAUCGGCAACGAGGAUCUGUGCGCGUUCGUCCGCAGCCGCUUGCAGGUGUGCAAUGACCUGAGGGAGAUCUGCAACCAGGUCAUUGACCUCUGCCUCUAUAAGGGUAGUUUGGACAACAUGAGCAUCAUCAUCGUGACCUUCCCUGGCGCACCCCAGGUGUCACAAGAGGCCCUACAACAAGAGGCCGAGCUAGAGACACUCCUCGAGGCCAAAGUGGAAGAGAUUGUAAAUUUGCUAAGGUCGCAGGACAAGGACCCUGACCUGCUGUAUGUGAUGAAGUUUCUGGUCUCUGAGGACAUACCUGGACUGCCUCUAGGGGGAGGAGUCACCAGCAAAAGAGACUGUGUCAUCUCUGCGUAUCAGAAGUUUGUAACGCCCUCCAGAUCUCUGGAACCAAUGGUAGGAGACGACCAAACAUAGGUCACACACUCUUGCACCAUGUCUCGCUAAACACAUCAGUGCAAACUGGACUACAAAGUAACUAAGUUACUGUUUUUCACUGACACAUCAUUGACUUGUCGCAUUCCAGGACAUCGGAGGAUUUGAAGAGUCCAACUAGUCGUUUCCAUGUAAAUGUAUUCUUUAGCCUCACGUAUCCAUGGUGACCAAUUCCAACUGGGGACUCUUUUCAUCUGAGGAAUCAGCCAAUGGCUAAAUAAAGAAAUAUGGUGGGAGGUGGUUUGACCUGGGCCUGCCCUUAGCCAAUCAUCUCUUCUCUGUUCCUCAUGUACACUGUCUAUCAACAAGUCUACUGUAUCUUUAGAAAAUAUCAAAUAGUUGGCAUUUUCCAGUAAGGGAAGAAUUACAUACGAUUCGACAGCACAAUAGAUUACUAUGAGAAUUGGGGCAAUAAAUGAAUGAAAUAAAAUUACAUUCUGUGAACAA